CGAACCGCUCCAAGACAACUGAGCCGAGGUGAACAGGCGGGUGGCGUCCCGGGACGGGCGCCCGCUCCUGGAUGUGGGAUGCUACCGGAAGGCGAGGUAAGAAAAUCGAGGCCCAGAGAGGGGAGGUGACUUAUCCUGGAGGCAAUCAGGGAGGACUUCCUGGAGCCUCCUGACCAGGAAGUGAGUGUUAUGGUCAGACCUGUUCUCUAAACACAGCAGUUUGGCUCUUGUGCGGAUGUUGGAUUGGAGACGGAUCUGGAGGCAGGAGGCCAAGGAGAAUACUUACACCAGUGAAGUUGUGACACUUGAAGUAUUGAAGAUACGUGUGUCAUAGCCUCCUACCAAAUUAUAGAGAUUUCAUGGAGACAGAUUUAAGAAAAAUUACUCUGGUGAAUACAAAGAAUGCAUCAGUCAAGUGACCUUUCAUGCAAUUGGAAACUGAGAGACUACUCAAAUCUGUAGUAUAGACAUUUAAGAAAUGGAUUGGGACCAACUAGAAUUGAAUCCUAGAGUUAUUGCUGCUGUGAAGAAAGCCAAACUAAAAUCAAUAAAGGAAGUUUUGCACCUUUCUGGACCAGAUUUGCAGAGACUAACAAAACUGUCCAGCAUUGAUGUCCAGCAUUUAUUGAAAACAGUCUCUUUAGCCCUAAGGAACAACUGUGUUCUGACAGCACUUCACAUAUAUCAACAGAAAGAGGAAUUCCCAGCCCAGCAUAAGAAACUCAGCUUUGGUUGCUCAAUACUUAACAGACUUUUAAGAGGCGGUCUCCCCCUGGUGGGAAUCACAGAACUUGCUGGGCAGAGUUCGGCUGGGAAGACUCAGAUUGGCCUGCAGCUCUCCCUCUGUGUGCAGUACCCUUACGAGUAUGGAGGACUAGAGUCAGGUGUGAUCUACAUUUGUACAGAGGAUGUUUUCCCAGACAAGCGUUUGCAGCAGCUUAUAGCUCUACAGCAUCAACUAAGGACAGAUGUUCCAGGGGAGAUCAUCAAGAAAAUUAAAUUUGGCAACUCUAUCUUCAUUGAGCAUGCAGCAGACAUAGACACAUUGUUUGAGUGCAUUACUAAGAGGGCUCCCAUCUUGCUAUCUCGAGGAAUGGUCCGCUUGAUCAUCAUUGACUCUAUUGCUGCUCUGUUUCGCUGUGAAUUUGGCAUCCAGCAUUCCAUUACAAAAGCCAAAUAUUUACAGACUCUCGGAGCAAAGUUGUACCAAUUGAGCAAUGGAUUCCAGAGUCCAGUAUUGUGCAUUAAUCAGAUAACAGAUACAGUGGAUGAGAGAGGGCUUGCUGGCACUAACAUGGAUGUACUUCAGAGAGUUUCUCCAGCACUUGGAAUAACCUGGUCCAAUCAACUACUAAUGAGGCUGGUGGUCAGUCGCUCAUCCUGUGAGUUUUCCAGAGAUACAGAUGCCUCAGCUACUGGAACUGUUGUUAGGACACUGAGUGUUAUUUUUGCACCACAUCUGCCCCAGUCCUAUUGUCACUACACAGUCAAUGCAGAGGGUGUAAAAGGAGCAGAGUAAGGCAAUUACUACAGUUACAGUAAUUUAGAAGUACAAGAGAAAUGAUACCUUCCAUGAAAACCUUUAUUAAUCUGUAGUUUGUCUAUAUAUUUGUCUGUGUACAUUACUACUGAGCCCUAAUUUUCAAACAAAGUGUUAACACUUAAUGGUUUAUUGUCAUUCUGUUAGCUUCAUGGGUUGGUCCAGAGAGGAUUAAAUUGUUCAUUUUUAAGGAAUUUUUUAAUAAGCUAAUUACUUCUUUCAGUGACUAUAUCCUUGCCGUAAACUAAACUCUGACCUUUGGAGGGCUGAGAACUAUCACGGCAGAGGCUAUUUGAGAGAUGUGAGCUAUCAGCAUUUGAGGAGAGAAAUUUGUCAAAUGCCCAUAACAAGAAUUAUGACUUUUAACCCCCAUAGCUUUAAACUAGUCCUUAAUGGUAAAGAAUUUUCUAGUGGCUCUGAAUUGCUUCUAAGGAUAAAAUAUUUAUUUGGCAUUUAAAGCAUUUAACUUUCCAGAUUGAUUUCACAUUAAUUCCCCAUUCUACAUUCCAGCCAAAAUGGCCCAAUUGCUAUCUCCCUGCCCUCCCUGUAAAUAAUUUCUUCUGCUUUGGUGCCUUGGCCCAGGCUUGUCCCCAUGUUCUCCUUCCUCCUUACUGAAUUCCUGAUUCCUUUCAAGGCUGCAGUUAGGUGUCACUGUAAGCAAGGCUUUUCCUGACCCUCCCCACUCCAUGAUUAGUGUUUUUCCUCAGCCCCAUAUAUUUACCUAUAUGUUAAAGUUCCAUCCCUGUCCCUGUUCUCCCCCCCCCAAAUGUAAGCUCCUUGAGGACAGGCACUCUUCUUUUGUCUUUAUAUCACUACCCGUGUGAUGUAGGUUCUUAAUAUAUCUUUGUUAAAAUUUUAUGUAUAGAUAGAUAGAGGGCACAGGAUGAGUUGAAGAUGAAGGGGUGAUAUCUGGAGAAUAAAAUUAAGGGGUGA